AUGGACAAACUGAAAAUGCAAUUUGGCUGGUUUGGUGUGGGAGUGGACGCAAAUGGUCUCUCUGGUGGUCUAGUAUUGCUAUGGAAAAAAGAUAUAAAUGUAUCUUUGAAUUGUUUCUCCUGUAGCUUCAUCGAUGUCACCAUACGAAUAAAUAGCACCCCUUGGCGUCUUACUGGUUUUUACGGUCAUCCGGAUGCCGCUCAAAGGAAAGUGUCGUGGGACGCCUUGCGCACUCUCAGUAGUCAAUCAGCACUCUCAUGGGUUUGUAUGGGGGACUACAAUGAAGUGCUCCGUCAAUGUGAAUUCCAGAGCAAUACGCCACGGCAGAAUUGGCAAAUCAUGAAUUUUCGAAGAGCACUAGCGGACUGCCAUCUUUAUGAACUAGGGUAUAAGGGGUUUCAAUUCACAUGGUUCCAUAGUCAAACGGCACCGCGCACAAUCCGUGCCAGACUGGAUAGUGCAUGCGUUAACCAAGAAGCUAUUGACCUAUUCCUGGGAUCUACCGUCUCUCAUCUUAAUGCCCUAUAUUCAGACCACAUCCCCAUUGUGGUGAGUUUGUCAAAAACAGUUCACCCGUUCCAAUCUCCGAAAUCGCAUGUAAGGAAGAAGAAGCGCUUUAUGUUUGAGGCUAUGUGGAUAAAAGCUACCGACUGUGUUGACAUCAUUAAGGAAACAUGGAACAGUACUACAACGGCUAAUCCUUAUGAGAAUUUGCUGUCUAAAACAGAUGAGUGUCGCAUCGGUCUCUUCAACUGGAGUAAGCAAAAAUAUGGAAAUUGUCGCAAGCAGGCCGAAGACCUAAGGGCCAAAAUUACUCAGCUGCAACAAGGUGAGCUCACUGACUCUAUAAAGGCAGAGAUUGGUUCUCUAACCAGUCAACUAGAAAACAUUCUUAAUCAGGAGAAUUUGAUGUGGAAACAGCGGAGUAAAGUCCAAUGGUUCCGCGAGGGGGAUUGUAACACCGUUUUCUUCCACUCUCAGGCAACCAAGCAUAGGACAUUGAAUCACAUUGAUGGGCUCUAUAACUCCAGGGGACUCUGGUGCCAAUCACAUAAAGACCUGAAAGCUAUUAUUCUUGAUUACUUUGGCACAAUCUUUUCUACCUCCCGACCUUCUACGGAGGCGAUUGAAGCCGUCCUUCAACGGGUGAAGAGGAAGGUGACAAAGCAAAUGAAUGAUUCACUUCUGCGGCCCUACCAUUCUAUUGAGGUAACCAAGGCCCUAGCUCAAAUGCACCCACUCAAAUCCCCAGGUCCUGAUGGAGAAAUUCUCUCUCCCUAUCAAUCGGCUUUCCUACCAGGAUGUCUUAUUACUGACAGCAUUCUUAUUGCCUAUGAGAUAAACCAUUCCCUCAAGCUGAAGUCUAGUGGAAGGGAGGGUUCCAUGUCUAUCAAAUUAGACAUGAGCAAAGCUUUUGACAGGGUGGAAUGGGCCUUUCUCCAGCAAAUGCUAUUGGCCCUAGGUUUUAACCCACUUUUUGUUAAUCUUAUUUACCGCUGUAUUUCCACUGAGGCGGCUCGUUGUGGAAACAUUUCUGGCAUCCAAGCAGGGACUACUGGACCAACGAUUUCCCACUUAUUAUUUGCAAACGACACCCUGCUGUUCGGCAAGGCAACGCUCCGGGAAGCUCAGCAUAUCGAGUUUAUUUUGCAACUCUAUGGGUCUGCUUCAGGGCAGGAAAUAAAUCUGGACAAAUUUGCUGUAGUCUUUAGCCGUAAUACUAGCUCCGAGACACGCCACAGCAUUACUACCUAUCUUGGCAUCAAUGAGGUUUCGGCACACAACAAAUAUCUGGGUCUCCCAACAGUUAUUGGACGCUCCAAAGCUGCAGUCUUCUCCUCAAUAAAAGAUCGCAUAUGGCAAAGGAUCCAUGGCUAG